ACUUUCCAAGUAAACUUUCCCAAAACAUCUCACAUAACCUCAAACUAUUUCCAGUCUUUCCAACAAUUUGGUCAAAAUACAAAACAAAGUGAAAGAAUUUAAUUUUCAAUGAUUGUUCGUGAUUCCGCGGCUAUUUUUCGUUCCCUUAAUGGGAUUCUGAAUGUCUACAAGCCAGCGGGGAUUUCUGUAAAACGCACCACAAAUGCCAUCAUCACAAAUCUCUGCAAAGAUCUCAAUCAACUGAGUGUCCGGGAACCACGACAGAGGCUUUCCUUUGAGAAGACAGCUGAAGAUUCGUUUGCUCUGGAUGUAGUUCCGGACAUUGCUGAUGACAUUCGGGUUGUGGGGGAGAGACAUCAAAUUGCCGACUUCAAAUGCCAACCAGCAAUUACCCUGGGGCACCAUACCAGUGGUGUCCUUCUGCUGGGACUCAAUUCUGGCACACGGGAUGCCUUCAAGAUACGCAUAAAUCGCCCAGUUCGUGUUUACCGUGUUUCCGGGCGUUUUGGAAAAGCCACAGAGACGCACUUCAGUAAUUCAAGAAUCAUCGCGAGAUCAUCGUACGGGCAUGUUUCUCAUGGAAAGAUCAUGGGGUUACUUUCUUCCCUGCAGGCAUCGCAUCAGAGAAAAAUGUUUGAACUAGCUGGUGUAGACAUUCAGACGGAGGCAGCGUUCAACUUAGCCAAAAAGGGCACAAUACGACCAGCAUCGAGUGAACUUCCUGUAAUUUAUGGGAUAACUCUCGUGGACUUUACCAGGCCCAACUUUACCCUUGAAAUUCAUGCAUUGAAUGAGAAUGAAGACUACCUGGCGACGCUUGUUCAUGAAAUUGGACUGGAUCUCCGUAGUGUGGCUCAUUGCACAGGGAUACGAUGCAUCCGGAGUGGCUACUUUUCCCACGAACAGAGUCUUCUUAGGCACAACUGGACCCUUCCGGAUAUUGUGAAAAAUCUGAAGGAGAAUUCAGUGAUAAUUCAUGAGAAUCCCAGUAUAUUUCGGCAGGAGAGCUCAGCAUUGGUUGACAUUGAGGCGCAGAACCCGGAUAAUUCAUACCAAGGGCAAAAUGGGAUAAAUAUAAACCAGAUUACUGAAAAAUCAGCUCUGGAUCCUCCUGAACAAAUUGAUCUGCAAACUUUUAGAUAAAAUCUUAAAUUCAGCAAUUUAGAGAUCAUGAAAAUCUUGUUUUGUAGCUUUAUUUUAUAAAAAAAAAGAUUUUUAAUUAAUGAA